AUGUUAGUAACAAAUGAAAAUUUCGAGGAAUUAUUACCUCAAAUUGAAAAUGAAUUAAAAAAUUGUGUUUUUAUGGCUAUUGAUUGUGAAUUUAGUGGACUAACUGCUAAAAAUUCACUCAAAAAUAGCUUAUUCGAUACAAACAAUGAACGAUAUAAUAAAUUAAAGGAAAACAUGCAAUCAUUUAUACCAAUUCAAGUUGGAAUUAGUAUAUUUACUUUUAUAAAUCAACAAAAUACAUAUCAAUCGAAAACAUAUACGUUUUACUUAUUACCUAGACCAUUUGGAUUUGGUGGAAACAUAUUAUCAUCGACAACAACUGAUGGAACAAUGGUUUCUACACCAGAAACUUAUUAUUUAUUUCAAUCAACUUGUAUUCAGUUUUUAUGUAAAUAUCAGUUUGAUUUUAAUAAAUUAUUUUACAAAGGUAUCAAUUACAUGAGUAUAAAACAAGAAACAGAAUACAAAAAUCAAUUGAAUAAUUGUAAACAUUCAAUAGAAUUAAUUGAAUCAAUACCUUUUAUACAAAAUAUACAAGAAUCGAUACCAAUAGAGGAUGAAACUUUAUUAAAUACUGAAUUAAAAAAUAUAUUAGAAUGGAAUCAGCAACAGAAAAAACAAUCAACAAUAAAUACGAAUGAAAAAUAUGUUAUUCAAAAUCAAUAUAUUGUUAAUAAUGUACAAUUAAUGUACUUAUUAAAAAAAGAAAUCAAACGACGAUACAAGUCAUCUUUAUCGUUUGUUCAUGAUCAUGAGGGCGGCUUUGUUUAUGUAAAAUUAACAGAAGAAGAAACUGAAACUAAUAAUGAUAAAAAUAUUGAAUUGGAAUUAGAAUUAAUAAACAAAUCAAUUGGUUUUACAAAACUAUAUAAAUUAUUAACAAAAUAUAAUCAAUUAAAAAAACCAUUAGUGGGACAUAAUUUAUAUUUAGAUGUAUUAAUUAUGUAUGAACAUUUCAAUGGGACUCUACCACGAACCUACAACGAAUUUAAAUUAAAAAUCCAUGAACAAUUACCAAAUAUUUACGAUACUAAAUAUUUAUCAUAUCAAUUAUUAAAAACAAAUUUUAUACCGAAACAAUUACAAUGGAAUUCGAAUGCAUUGAAUGUUUUAUAUACAUUCUUUAAGGAUGGUAAAGGACGACAUAUUGUUUUUAAUUCGCCGAUUAUUGAAAGUAUACAAGAAAAUAUGGAAAAUGAUUAUGAACAAUCAUUAAAUGAUUUCCAUGAUGCUGGUUUUGAUGCAUAUUGUACGGGAUAUUGUUUUAUUCGUUUGGCACAUAUUUUUGUGGGUGUGCAUUAUGAAACAAUGUCUAUUAAUAAAACAAUUACAUCAAUAGAACAUUUAUCGAUCAUUAAUAAAUAUAAAAAUUGUUUAAAUUUGAUUCGUGGCAACGUAUCAUAUAUCAAAUUAGAUGGUCCAGAUCCAACAUCGGAUCGUCCAUCAUGGUUGUACGUAAAAUGUAAAUCAAACUCGAAUAGCUUGUUUAUAAAUAAUCCGAGUGUUAAACAAUCGAAUAUUAAAAACAUAACUGAUACACUUGGAAAGUAUGGCUCAAUUGAUGUACAAAUGUUGAAUAAAAAUGAAGCAUUAGUAGCUGUAGCAAAUCAGCGCUGUGUAAAUGAUAUAUUAAAGCAAUUUAAAAGGCAACGGGAAUCAGAAUAUAUUAUAACAAAAUACAAUCCAAUCAGGCAUUCACCAAUUAUCAAAACUUAUUUAUGGGGUAGUGGAUGUGUUAUAACAGGUGGUUUGAUUGUGUGGUCUUUAUAUAGACUAGUGAAUUAAGUAAUAUUAGCACGAUCCGUGUGAAAUUCUCUAACCUCCAUGGUUGGCACCCUAUACUUUUUUAUGGAAUCACCCUAUAGGCAAUUUUAUUACAAAUAUGAUAUACAAAUAACAUAAUUAACAAAAUCAAAUCAUAAUAUUAUUUCUCUUGUCUGUUUUUUCCUAAGCGGUACAUUUUAAACCGUGAAUCUAUUUUUUAUCAUUAGCCAGCCUGAUAAUCUUGAAAAUGAGGGUUCAAUCAAGGAAUUUGAUAAAGGAAUAAGGAAGAUCUCUUGUGGGCAGGAAAAACAGACUAGAGAAACAAUAUAUAAUAGGAUGUACAUAUUUUGAGAAUAGAUAUUAUCGAGAUGGAAAUAUUUAUGACAUAUUUAAUUAUAAAAUGUAAUUAUUUCAUUUGUAAGUUAUGUAAAUGUUAUGCAAU